UUCCGAGCAGGACUUCGUCUCCCGCCUGGGGUCUGCAUUUCGCCUCCAGCUUCGUGUCUCUUCCCUGCAGGCUGACCCCUUCCGGAGUCUGGACCAAACGUUUUCCAGUCUAGUUGAGGGCCAGUCUUUGCUGCAUUCUGUUCCAGCGGAUCUGAUUCCUGCUCUGUAGCUUUCUGAAGGAUUGAAGUUGGGCAUCAUUAGUGACACUCACCUGCUGCCUGACUGCAGACCACAGCAAGAGCUUUGUAUAUAUUUUUCAGUUAAAACAAUAAUGACUUUCUUGGAAUUUAAUCACAGCAGAGCCUGUUUUCUGUGUAGCCUGAAAGAAUACUUGACUACAAUCAGUAAUUCUUCAGAGAUCUUAUAAAACCAUUUUAUGCCAAACAACUGAGUGACUUUGGGUUGGUUAGCAGGAACCUUAAGAAUUGUAGACAACAAUUCACCUUCUGGACUAUUCAGCAACUGCUACCCAGAGCUGUUGUUGCUGAAAUACCAUGUCUAAGAACUUGGAGCUCAUCAAUCUGUCAUUUUUAUUAGAUCAUGAGAAGGAAAUGAUCCUGGGAGUCCUAAAGAGAGAUGAAUAUUUGAAAAAAGUGGAAGACAAGAGAAUAAGGAAGCUGAAAAAUGAACUCUUAGAAGCAAAACGCAGAAGUGGGAAGACUCAACAGGAGACCAGCAGAGUCUGUGUUCACUGUCAAAGACACCUGGGCCUAAUCUUUGACCGUGGUGACCCAUGCCAGGCCUGUUCACUGAGGGUAUGCAGUGCAUGUCGGGUCACAGGCCUUGAUGGCAGCUGGAAGUGCACUAUCUGUGCCAGAGUCUCGCAGCUAAGAAUUAUAACUGGUGAAUGGUUUUUUGAAGAAAAGGCAAAGCGUUUCAAGCAAGUCAAUGUUCUAGGCACUGAUGUUGUCCGGCAGUCCAUUUUAAGAAGAAGUCCAGGAGUUGAAGAAGUACAAAGUCAAGAGCAAACCUACCAGAAUGCAGAAAAGUCAGACGCUUCACCUGCUGGGCAGAAGGCCAGCCAUGAUGGACCCAAGAGAAAGGGAUUUCUUCUCAGCAAGUUCAGAUCAGCAACCAGAGGAGAAAUCAUAACUACAAAGACUGAAAGUGGACGGAGCUACAGCUUGGACUUAGACAGCCAAAAUUUUCAGAGUUUAAAAUCAGUCUCCAGUUCAGACAGGGGGAGCACCGAUUCAUCAGAUCUCAAUGACCGAGAGGCUGGUCCUGGGACCCCAAAGAGCAGCCGGAGCAGUGGUGUGACCCCAGUCACUCAGAGGUCACCAGCACCAAGCACACGCAGUGUGACUUCCAUCAACAGCAGAGAGCGUGGUUUUGACAGUUCCAUGGUUUUGACUGCCACUGAAAGCACCUCUGAGGAACUCAUAAAAAGUCAUCAUAGAAACACUUCAGGCACACCUUCCAUAGCAGUGUCUGGGACCUCCAUUUCCUCUGACCGCAGUCGAUCUGAGUUAGAUUUGAGUGAGUCAUGCACUGAUGACUUAGAGGAUUCUGCAAGUGUAAGAAGCAAAUCCAUUCCUGGGACUUUAGACAAAGACAUGAACUCUUUGGAAGAGACUGAAGAGGGCAUUGAGGACAUAGUGUCCUCUCAGUUCUCUGCGAACACCCACAGUCUGGCAAGUGGCCUCUCUACGAAUUCUCAAGCAGGAUCUGAAAGAAAAUGGACCUACUUAAAUGUGCCUGAUGCUGACUCAGACACUACCAGCCUUAACAGCAUGAUGAGUGUUUACAGUGAAACAGGAGACUAUGGCAACGUGAAGGUCAGUGGGGAAAUUCUUCUCCACAUCAGCUACUGCUACAAAACCGGCGGGCUCUACAUUUUUGUCAAGAAUUGCAGAAAUCUAGCCAUAGGAGAUGAAAAGAAACAAAGGACAGAUGCUUAUGUCAAGUCAUACCUUCUUCCUGACAAGUCCCGAAACAACAAGCGCAAGACCAAAAUCAGAACAGGCACUAAUCCAGAAUUCAAUGAAACACUAAAGUAUACCAUCAGCCAUACCCAGCUGGAAACAAGAACUCUGCAGCUCUCAGUGUGGCACUAUGAUCGAUUUGGACGGAACAGCUUUCUUGGAGAGGUGGAGAUUCCUUUUGAUUCAUGGAACUUUGAAAAUCCAAGUGAUGAGUGGUUUGUGCUUCAGCCUAAGGUGGAGUUUGCUCCUGAUGUUGGCCUUCAAUACAAAGGAGAGCUGACAGUUGUAUUACGUUACAUUCCCCCAGAGGAGAACCUGAUGUUUCAGUCACCACAACUUGAAGGAAAGAAAACCUUUAAGAAAGGAAAGAAGAAGGAGUCAUCUGUAAUCUCUGGAGGAAUACUAGAAGUGCUCAUCAAAGAGGCAAAGAACUUGACAGCAGUGAAAUCAGGAGGCACUUCUGACAGCUUUGUGAAGGGCUACCUGCUCCCAGAUGAUAACAAAGCCACCAAGCACAAAACUCUGGUUGUGAAAAAGAGUGUUAACCCUCAGUGGAAUCAUACUUUCAUGUUCAGUGGCCUGCAUCCACAGGAUAUAAAUAAUGUUUGCCUAGAACUUACCAUCUGGGACAAGGAGGCCUUUUCCAGCAACAUCUUUCUGGGAGGAGUUCGUUUGAAUUCUGGAAGUGGUGUGAGCCAUGGGAAGAAUGUGGAUUGGAUGGACUCUCAGGGAGAAGAGCAACGCCUCUGGCAGAAAAUGGCUGACAACCCUGGGACUCCUAUCGAGGGUGUACUCAUGCUCCGUUCCAGCAUGGGGAAGUGUAGGCUCUGAAGGAAUCAGUUCUCCAGGAAUGAAGUCUCCAGGAACUGUCUGCUUGCCAUUUUCUACCGGUAGCAGGCUGGGAUCUGGGGUUCUAGUUCCCUGUCAUUUUUCGCCUGAAGGUAUUGUGACAUGAAGGGAGAGAUGUCACUGUUAUGAACAUUUAGGAUCUUGCUGAGUGCCUAAAAAAAUACAUGUACCUCUCUAUGUCCAUAGGCCAGGCCUUCUUCAGUGUUUGUUACAAAGUGCAUCACAUUGUCCAGUCAAUAAGCAAAUUAUGCAAUAGUUCAUAGGCUUAUACUAACUAUUGUUGAUAUUGGGGAGGGGCUCCCCAGAAUUUUUCUAAUGUGAGUUAUUUUAAAUUUCUUCCAAUGGUUGGAGGAGGAAGGGGACCACUGGGAAGGUAGAUCACUUGUAGAGUCAGAAUAAGGGGUACUGCCACCCGUUGCUCAUCCUAGAUAUUCUCAUGAACCAAAGAAGCUAUGGUGGGGAUGGUUCCUCAGGCAAAGUAGUGGUUGUGUUAUUCUUUCAAAUUUGUGGAUUGACCAGGUAAUACACCAAGAUGGUCUGACAGAGCUUUCUAUGGUGACUUCACAAUUUAUCAUCUAGAUCAGCUUACUACCCAGAGUGAAAAGAGCUAGAUAAUGACACCAGAAAAUCAGAUGUAAACUGGAAUUGACCAGGGAAACAUGGGAUGUGGCAUCACCCUACAGAUGAUAUAGCUAGUAGAGAACUCUGUCAUAAACAUGUAUUUAAUAAAAUGGUCUAAGCCAUUAACUAAAAGGGAAUAAGGAAUAAUGGUCAAUUUUAUGUCCUUUCACAUUGUGUUCAUUAAGGAGAAUAGUUUAUUGAAAGGUAGAAAGAGAAAAAGAUGGAAGAACUCUGAGGAAGCAAUAAUUAUUUUUUUCAACAGGAGAUAAUGGGCAUCUACAUUGGUUUUGCUAGUGUUGUUGUUGGCUACAGACAACUGUUCUUAUUUGCUCAUUUUACCAUCUUUGGUGAAAAAUUAGUAGCAAUACUUAAAUGCUUAACCUGCCUACUUACAAGCUGCUGUGUGGAACACAUAUCCCAAAUCAAGGCUUUGUGCCACUCUGCAUGUGCUGUAAAUGGUAAUAUCUUUUUCAUUAAAUUC